AUGUUUUACUCGACCGCCUCAAAAGCGGAACCGAGUGUUUUCAAGUUUCUGCUAAGUAAGACAUCAUCUGGUUCAGAUCGAGCAGCAUCCUCGCAUCUCGAAGAUGGAGACGGGCGCACUUAUCAUUCAACUUCGCACCGAAUCGCACGAGCGAAUAAAAUAAUCGGAGAGGAGUCACAGCUGAACACACGUGGCAUUUCAGUGGACAUGGACAUGGAAGCCAUAAAAGCGCUGACGUCGAGCCAAAACCUUGCUAACCAGUCCGACUCCAACUGGGAGUCCAAAUGCACAGCAAAAGCGUUCUUCAGCCAGAAGUGCAGUGUCAGUAAAAAGAAAGUCACUGGAGCCGGUUGUAGCCACCUACUGCCCUCCCUCUUCGCUGCACUUUGCUUACUAAUCAUCCAGGUGGGACUGGCCAACGAAACGGCCUGGCCACCAAUGCGACAUUACGAUAUUUGGGACGACCACUUGGGCGAGCCGGGCGGUCUUGAGGAGGAUUCCCUCGCGGAGGAGGCGGACUUCAGGCUGCAAACGAGAGUACAGGAGGAACUGGAUAUGGAUAUGUCGCUGCAGGACAUCUCUGAUCGGAAUUACAGCCAGACGAACAGCAGACAGGGAAAAGUGAUCCAUCUAUUCCCGGUUCCCGUGGACGGCUACUGCACGUCCAACGAUGGUCGGCGGAUUGGCAACUGCCUGAAUGCCUACGAGUGCCGCCAAAAGGACGGGCAGGCAAAGGGGGAGUGUGCCAUGGGGUUCGGGGUGUGCUGUGUGUUCCUGGCCAGCUGCAACACUACGAUCUCCAACAACAUGACCUACAUUGUGUCGCCGGGAUUCCCCAGUUUCAUGCCCAGCAACUUCACUGGCUGCAGUCUGCGGGUGAAGAUGAUGAGCGACGAGAUCAGCCAGGUGCGGAUUGACUUUCAUCACUUCACACUGGGCCAGCCAAACCGAAGGACCGGAGUAUGCGAAGGCGAUGUCUUCACUAUAGGCGGUGGACCAGGCGGAAACUUCUCUCUUUGCGGCCAGAACAGUGGUCAGCACUUGUACUACAAUGUGGGGGCUAGGGCGGCACCACGACAAUCUACUUUGUACGGGAGUCUGCGCCCUGUGGACGCGAGUAGUGACACUAGCAACUCCACCUCCACGGGCGAUCGCUUCAUCGACAUCAGUCUAAGCCUGUCCAGCCGCCUUCUGCCCCUUCGUAUUUGGGAGAUGAGUGUGGUGCAGAUCCCUUUCAGCCAGCGAGCUCCGGCGGGUUGCCUACAAUAUCACACCGGCACCGAGGGCGUUAUGCAGACCUUUAACUAUGCCGAGAAUGGUCGACAUUUGGCCAAUCAGAACUAUCGGAUUUGUGUGCGCCAGGAGCUGGACAUGUGCUCCAUUAUGUACCAGCCAUGCGAUGAGCAGUCCUUCCGCAUUGGCGGUGGCGGGCGAAUGGCGAGCCGAGGUGACGGUACUACUGAAGGAGCGGCGACACCGGGAACUUCGAGUCCUGCCACAGCACAAUCGGAUGCAGCAGGUGGAACAGCAUCAACAUUAGGCAAUGCUGCAGUGACCACUACAGCACCCACUUCUAGCACCCUCAUGCAGAUGAUAGCUAACAUGGCAAAUUCCACAUCUACAUCGCUGAUGACCAUGAUGACCGGAAAUUCAACUCUAGGAGCCAGUUCAGUAUCAACCGCCAGUACAACAAGCAGCAGCCCCAGCAACGCUGCCAUGAGCACGACGACAACAUCAACCACUGCCACACCGCUCCGUUCCAGUACAGAGGCAUCUACCACCUCUGCAACACCUGCAUCCUCGCCAGCCAGCGAUGAUGUGGAGGGGUCGGGUGGUGAAGUUGGCGAUGAUGAGGAUGACGACGGUGGGUUUCUCUUCUUCAGGAGUCGACCCACCACAGAGGGGCCGGCCGUUUCCAGACGUCCCCGUCCCAGUGGAGGCUUCGAUAUCAUGGGCAUUAUUCGGAAUGCCAUCGAUUUGCCGCUGAAGUGGCGACGGCGCCAAGCCCGCCAGUUCUUUAGCACCUGCUCCGACCGGAUUACAAUGCCGUGCAUCAUAGAGGAUUUCAUAGGAACGGGACUGGGUCCACUUCCUGGGUGCGAGCCCAUCCACUGUGGCGCCCAAUUCUGCUCCUCGGGCGUGUGGCCCUGUCGCAUUGAAAGCACUGUCACUCCGUUCUAUAUUGGUGUCCACUUCGGCAAUGGCCAGGGCUCUGGCAAGGCGAACGCAGAGGAUAACGUGGGUGCGUGUCUGCGAUAUUCCCAAGUGCAAUGCAUGUAACGACGGGCGGGGCUAUAAACUUUCACUUCGAUUUAGUAAAUUAUUGUUCAAUAAUCAAAAUAGAUUCUAAAUACUUUGUUCGUGAUGACUUAAA